AUGCGUCCUCCGCAGGCACUGGCCAUCGGCCUCUCAUUCUCACUGACGUGUCUGAUCUCCCCCACCUCUGCCCAUGGAGGUCAUGCCGAUAAGAUCCCCGAAGGCGAGGCCGUCUCAGCCGAUCCCCUCGAUUCGCGACUAUGGACACACAUCCUGCUGAUGGUAUUAUCAUUCGGGCUCAUAUUCCCCUAUGGCAUGGUUCUCGGCAUUGUUAGGAGCAGGUGGCAUGUACCGGUACAGAUCGUCGGUACGAUUAUCGCUACGGUGGCAUAUUUCCUAGGGCACAUGCACAAGGGACGGCAAUUCAAACAUCCCAACAUCCACGCCAGCUUUGCGAACAGCUUAGUGUUGAUGUUGAUCAUCCAAGUCGGACUUGGAAUCGGGCUUAAACUACAUCUGGAGACGAAAAGCGGAUGGAUAGGCAAAGUGUUUGGCGGCAAGGUCGGCAAGAGUGGGAGAAGGGGUGUCGUGAUGCUUCAUGGAUGGCUCGGAAAAGCCAUGCCCGUUGUCUCGUGGGUGCAGAUGCUGUUUGGUGGGAUCGUGGCCAUGGGAUACUGUCGCGGAGAUCACCUCGGACAGUGUCUGGCGCAUUUCAUCAUGGGUUCUGCGUUCAUCGGAUACGGGAUUGUCAUGACACUGUUGUUGCUGGUGGGCCAAGCAUGGUUGCGCAGCACGGGUAGGAGUCAGGAGUUCUUCGACAGCAUCAUCAUCGCCGCAUGGGGCUGUGUCAACACGUUCACCGAGCAUCGCUGGGGUCAUCCAUGGGUCAAGAAUGAUUUGCAACACACCAGCAUGGGCAUCGUGUGGUGGUGUGCCGGUUUACUCGGAGUGUGGCUGUCACGCUCAAGAACCGGACGGCCGAAACGCAAUAUCCUGCCAGGAAUGGUCCUCCUGAUCACCGGAUGGGCCAUGAGUGCGCAUCCUCAAGACCUUCCUCUGAGCACCAUGGUUCACACCGUCUUCGGAUAUACCCUGAUGGCCGCCGGAGCGAGUCGCAUCAUCGAGGUCUCGUUCCUCCUGAAGGACAGCCGUGGAUCCAGUGAGGUCAACAGCUGGCAACAUCUCCCACCAUUUCUCCUCUACGCCUCGGGCUUCCUCUUCAUGGGCGCCACCGAAGAGCAAAUGCACUUCCUCUCCGAAGCCGACGUCACGCACGUCAGCUACAUCCUAAUCCUGUACUCGAUCGCCUUUCUCCUAUACCUCUUCGUCAACAUCCUACUCCACCUCUACGCGGCACACACGUGGCCCGAGGAUGAGAGCAACGGGGUGUCCUCACGUGGCUCCUCCUCCUCAUCGUCCUCAUCCCGGCACGGCCGAAACAUGAGCAUCGCGAUCCCCGGCCCGAGCGGCGACGCGAUGCGCAAAGCGUCGAGACUCGGCUCCACGGUCGGAAACGGCCACAUCGCGCUACCGUCGGAGCCGAACGGCUCUGUCCGUCUCCCUCGACAUCGCGCCACCGAUAGCCAGCAGGUGCGCGAUGCCGAGGAGUUUGAGCUCGAGGGUCUGAUCAGUGAGGCCGAGGAGGACGAUAGUCCGAAAAUCGCCAAGAAGGAGGUUGUUUGA